CAUGGAUUUAGAGUUCAAUCGCUGCGACUACAUUCAGGUCGAAGGGACAUCGCGAGGGGCCGUCAAGAUCCAACCGCGCUCAUCGGAAGGGUGUCAAAAGGUGGUGGUUGGCAGUCAGUCUGGCGUUGUUCACGCAUUCGGGGUCAGCCGUGGUCGCAUUGAAACGGUGUUCAAGACGCUGCCAGGAAAAGGUGUCAGCUGCAUUCAGCUAGGCGGGCCCGUCGGUAGCAUCCAGGACAAGAUAUUUGUGGCGGCAGGAAACGAGAUCACUGGUUACACUCGAAAAGGAAAGCAGUUCCUCAAGUUCGACACCAAUCUGACAGACACCAUACGGUGCAUGAGCGUGUGCGGCAACGACCUGGCGGUGUGCGGUGAAUACGUGUACAGCCACUACUUCGAGUGCCAGGACAAGAACUACUAUCUGUCGAGCGGCCGCAUCAACGACAUGAUCAUGCUGCCAGUCGACAAGCUCAGGGCCCUGGUGCCCGUUCUGGCUUGCCAGGACAGGCUCCUCCGUGUGCUCAAGGAUUCCCAAUGUCAGAUGGAGAUUGAAGUGUCUGGCCCUGCCACAGCACUUUGCCUCCACCAGGGCGAUGGAGGUGCAACGGGCAAAGACGUUGUGUACGGUACCAGCGACGGCAAAAUCGGCCUUCUUUCCAUCGACAAGUCUCCUCAAGCACCGGUCUGGGAGAUCGAGAAUCUCAACGGAGGUGGAAGUAUCACUUGUCUCGGCUCUUACGACAUCACGGGCGACGGGGCCUUGGACCUUCUCGUUGGAAGAAAUGACGGUCAAGUCGAAAUCUACUCCUUCAGCGACUUGGGUGAACCCAUGCUGCGUUUCACCUACAACUGUGGCGAAAGUGUCACAUCCGUGCAAGGCGGUGCCAUCGGGAACGCUCACUAUGAAGAAGUCCUGGUCACUACUUACAGUGGAUGGAUCUUCGGGCUGUCCGCCGAGCACUCGGAGAAGAGACUGGACCCCAACUACCUGCUCAUAUCGCCGGAGUCGGCGCAAAAGAUCUUCAAGCUAAAGGCGGAAGUGGAGCAGCUGGAGCAGAAGGUUGCCCGCGAACGCGAGACGUACCAGCUGCGCACGUACUCGGACAAGGGUUCUGUCUCCGCGGUGCCCUUCUUCGCGCUGGACGACUCGUUCGUGCUGCACCACCAGGAUGCCUCUUACGUGCUGGCCAUUCAGCUCCAGACGGCCAUUGACACCGUCGUCUUGCAGUCCAAUGUACCCGUUGACAUCUUGGACAGCAGCAAGAAUUCAGCCGUUGUCAGUUACACGACGUGCGACCCUCAGUCCAGUGGCAACUACCUGCUCGUCACAUUCCGGUGCCAGGCAAACACAUCGAGGCUCGAGGUCAAAGUUCGAACCAUCGAGGGCCAGCAAGGCGUUUUGCGCGCUUACGUCACUGCGCUUCUUCAGCCCAAGUGCUGCCGACGGCGAGAGUACCAGAUACGACCUCUCUCCCUGCACCGGCGGGCACACUCGUUGCUCGAGGACGAUAGGCCAAUGAACGUGCUGACGCUCCGCGGCUCAUUCAGCGUGGCGGAGAUGCAUGCCUGGCUGGUGCUAAGCCUUCCAGAAGCGGCCGAGAAGCCGCCAGUGGCAGACUCGCCCACUCUUCGCUUCGUCUCCACCUUCCUUGGCACUUUGCUCGUGUGUUCUUACAGACGGGGUGAAGCAACGUUUAAGUCCGACAACAUUUCUACAAUUUCAAUACUAAGGGACUUCCUAGCUAAGCAAGCUACUAAGAAAACGAUCAGACUGGACAUCACGUGUGAUUUCAACAACGAGAGCAUAGCGCACGCACUACGGAUGAUUCACCCAAAACUUGAGCAUCAGCUGGUACUGGCCAAGAAGAUACAGCUCGUAGAAGCCCUGAAGGACCUUAAGGUUUACGAGGGAAAUGCGGACUGUCUUGCACCCGAGUACCAAGACAUACUUGAACGAAGUGAUGACCUGGAGAUGGAGUUCAAGAAACAACCGUGUCAUCUGGAAAGACUUUACGGAAUGAUCACCGACCUCUACAUCGACGUCUACAAAUUUAAAGGAACCAACGUGAAGAGCAAAGUUCCUGCGCUGCUCCAAGUGCUCGACCACUACGAUUUCAGUUCGCUAGUCGCCUUUUUCAACAACAAUGCAUAAUCUUCGCCAGCGCACAGGAAUUUCAUGCAGGUCUUGGUCAACCUAUUUCACA